GAACAAACAAUAGGCCCAAGGAUGAACUCCUACUUAGACUACCCCGUGUGUAACCGGGGAGCAAAUAUUUUCAGUGCCAAGGCCGGAUACCACAAUUUAAACCAUGGAUACAUGUCGUCCAACUCGUGCGCAACAAGUGAUAGUUACGCACCGGACGGGCGUUUAGUUGCUUCAACUUCUGCGCCACACCAGACCCCGAGUCUCCCUCUGCACCCCCACCAGACACACGUCAACCUGGAUCUGCAGUUUGCAACACCGGGGAACUCCAUGUACGGCUCACCUCUGGAGUACGGACAUCACCAGUACGGCCUCGCACCCGAGCAGGACCGAAGCUUCAUCCAUGCGCAAGUCUCACCCCUCGGAACAAACAUGGCUCCCUACACCGGGGACAGUUGUGGGCCUGGAGUCGCAACAGGCAGCCAGUAUCUACAUUUUGGAAACGGAGAUCAGAGGCAGCAAGAAUAUCCAGAAAGUGUUUACACAAGGUUACCGCCCCAAAGUAGGGAGAAGGAUUUGGACCAUGUGGAGGAAACUUCUAAAACAUUUGACUGGAUGAAAGUGAAGCGGAAUCCACCUAAAACAGCUGUCCACUCGGAGUUCGGGGUCCCCGGCCAGCACAACGUGAUCCGCACCAACUUCACCACCAAGCAGCUCACCGAGCUGGAGAAAGAGUUCCACUUCAACAAAUACCUGACGCGGGCACGGAGGGUGGAGGUCGCCGCCAGUCUGGAGCUCAACGAGACGCAGGUGAAAAUUUGGUUCCAGAACCGCAGGAUGAAGCAGAAGAAACGCGAGAAACUGGGCUGCGUUUUGGUUAACGUUCCGGCACCUGUGGAGAAACUCUCCGGCCCUGACACCUCCUCUCCAAAGGGAAAAGGGAAAGACUGUGAACCAUGAUGUGACUUUUGAAAAGAAAAGAAAAAAUACACAAUAUGAUUGUGGGGGCCUGAGCAGUUUUCAGCACCAUUCCAAAAAAAAAAAAGAGAAAACUGUGAAAAAUGCAUGUGGACUUUGUGAAGUAUACAGGGUAUGUCCUUCUGCGUAUGUGCUUAUAGUUCUAUGAUUAAUGCUGAAUUGGAUUCUGAGAAACCUUAUAAAAAUGUCUUUUAAUCAGUUCUUGUAUUUGUAACUUUCUUAUCAUAAGUCCAUGUUGUUUUGUGUUGGAGCACUGAAGUACUCAGUGUCACUGUUUGCACUAUUUAUUUACAGGGUAUUGUCCAACAACUGUUGAGAUGUUUUAGCUUAAUAAUAAAGUUUAUUAAAUGAGAAAAAGUGUUUUACUUGCUGCUUAUGUAAAAAGAAAAGGGUCAGGCUGUAACAAAUGCUCG